CUCUAGCGUGUGUUAGGCCCCGCCCCCGAGCGCAGGGCUUUUUAAAGGGCGCGCUGCGUCUUCCUGCGUCUCUGGAGUUCGGAACGCGGUAGAGACGCACAUCUUUUCACCCGAAACUGCGAAAUUACAGCUCAGAAUGUCUGACGAAGGAAAGCUGUUUGUCGGCGGACUGAGCUUCGAUACCACCGAACAGUCGCUAGAGGACGCCUUCUCCAAAUAUGGCGUCAUCACCAACGUUCACGUGGCCAGAAACCGAGAAACCAACAGAUCCAGAGGAUUCGGUUUCGUGACCUUUGAGAACCCAGACGAUGCGAAGGACGCACUUGAAGGAAUGAACGGAAAGUCCGUGGAUGGCCGGACGAUCCGUGUGGACGAGGCUGGGAAGGGUGGUGGCGGCGGUGGAGGCCGGUCGGGCGGAGGAUCCUACAGAGGCGGUGGAGGACGAGGAGGUGGAGGCGGAGGCUUCUUCAGAGGAGGACGAGGAAGAGGAGGUUCGAGAGGUGGAGGAGGUUAUGGUGGUGGUGACCGCAGCUAUGGAAGUGACCGAAGCUACGGCGGCGGAGGAGGAUAUAAGAGCGGAGGAGGUGGAGGAUACUCUGGAGGAGGCGGAGGCUACAACAGAGACAGGAGUUCUGGUUACGGUGAUCGCGGCAGCUCUUACAGAGAUGGUUAUGAUAGUUAUGCUGUACAAGACUAGAACCCAAGACCCGACGCGUCAGCGGCCGAGCGUUUCUAAAGACUCAUGGAUCUGUUCUUGGAUUUGUUGUAGCUGUUCUCCCCGUUUCUGUUCUGUUCUUGUACUCUGAGGGAAAGCCGCUCUGUUCACUGAAUGUUGACAGGUUCCUCUAACCCUAACCCAUCACCUGAGCCUCAGUCAGCGCUCUCCUGUGCUCCUGCGGGGUCUGGAGCGAUGUUCUCCUGUGUUUGUGUUCGUGAUGCACAGCUGCUGUCAUGUUAAGAGCACGGCUCCUUCUGUUCGCUGUAAGCCCAUGAUCUGAAUCCAAACGGUCACUUCCUGUCGGGCCGUGAGCUGCGUGUCGGACGGCUGGCACCGGCGUGCGCUUCUAGAGCUAUCUGUGUGUCGCUGCUCCUGCAUUUUAACCAUGGACUCUUGACUAAUAUCUCUAUCAAUCGAUCACUUGAAAGAGAACCAGAAAUGUUAACAGUACUCUCCAGAACUGGGAAAGAAAUCCUUGUGCUCUUGUUUCCUUUGUAUCAAAAUUUGACACUCUUUUGUUUUUAUUUUUUUGCUUUUCAAAUUGUGGCUUCAUGGAGCCUAUUAAACGAAACCAUUUGUUCAAA